CUCCCCUCCACACACUGCUGUCGGACGGACGGAGCGGGCCGUCGGGAUUAAUUGAGGAAACUCUCGCCCGCAGCGUUUUCGGCUCGCUUUAAAAAAAAACAAAAAAAAACGGGGGCCCCCGUGAUUUUGCCUGUGCACUUUAUUGGGGAAACGUCGAGGCGAGCAGACGGAUACAUCGUGGAGGGACAACAAGUACCAAGUGUGGCGUCCUUCUUGUGACAGCUGGCGGACAUCAGAGAGCAGGAGGCGAGCUGUCAUCCCUUCAGCUGCCCGAUGACUGACCGGCUUGUUCACGCAUCCUGAGGCCUCGCUGUCUGAACCUCCACGAUGACUUUGAGGAGACUCGACCGGUGGAGCCCCUGCUGACACCUCCGGCCCCCAGACAUCCGCCUUGACAGCCCUUAUCCGGCUUUGGCGUACGCAUUUUCUGUGGUGCCCCACGGCCCUGUUGAAGCCGCCGCUAUGGCCAGCCUGGUGAUCAACGAGACCGGAAUGGAAGACUGCGGCAUUGACGACUCCUUCAAGUACAACUUGUACUCGGUGGUGUACAGCGUGGUCUUCGUCUUAGGCUUAAUCACCAACUGCGCCGCUCUCUUUGUGUUCUGCUUCCGGAUGAAGAUGAGCAAUGAGACCACAAUGUUUAUGACUAAUUUAGCGCUGUCCGACUUGGUAUUUGUCUUUACGCUGCCGUUCAAGGUCUUCUACAAUGUUAACCGCAACUGGCCGUUUGGUGAUGGACUGUGUAAGGUGUCCGGGACCGCCUUCAUUACCAACAUUUACGGCAGCAUGCUCUUUCUCACCUGCAUCAGCGUGGACCGCUUUCUGGCGAUAGUCUACCCUUUCCGCUCCCGCUCCAUCCGCACGCGCAGGAACGCGGCGCUGGUGUGUGCCGCCGUGUGGCUGACCAUCGUAGGGGGAGGAAUAUCGGUGACCUUCUUCUCCACAAUCAACAGCAAACACAGCGUCACCUCAUGCUUUGAGGGCUUCUCCAAAAACACCUGGAGGACCUACUUGUCCAAAAUCACCAUCUUCAUCGAGAUUGUGGGCUUCCUUCUUCCCCUCCUGGCCAACUUGGUGUGCUCCUCGCUUGUUCUGCGGACGCUGCGGCGACCGAUGACCGUUGGUCACGGCUGUAACAGCAAGAAACGUGUCCUGCGGAUGAUUUUGGUCCAUCUGGGCAUCUUCAUCAUCUGCUUCGUUCCCUAUAACUCUAUCCUCUUCCUGUAUGCCCUGGUGCGGACCCAGGCCCUGGCUAACUGCUCUGUGGAGCGCUUUGCCCGAACUCUUUACCCCAUCACUCUGUGCCUGGCCUGCCUCAACUGCUGCCUGGACCCUGUGGUCUACUACUUCACCUCAGAGAGCUUCCAGAAGAGCCUGACCAUGGGAGGCAGAGGGUCGGGCUCUCGGCCCGAGAGCUUGCCCCGCAGCGACACCGAGACCCAGGACGUGGCAAACACUCUCCCCGGGGACACGCACAACCCGGCCAGCAACGGGAAGGAGUCAAAGACGUCUGAGAGUCAGCUCUGAAGAAGGAAAGUGAAAAAAAGACAGUGUUGGUGCGGCGCAAGCCCUGAAUCAAAAAAAAGUAAUCCGCUGUUUGUUCCUGGAAGUGACAAAAACAUAACUCAGCAGAUUAGUUAAGUCCUGAGGUAAACCCUGAGAUAUGGCCCGGGCUUUACGGAUUAAUCCACCAUUCAAGAGCAGAGGAAUGUAUCUGUAUGUGUUUAUUAUGAGAGAACACUACGGCGAUCAGAGACCCAGCCACACCGAGACUAUUGUCCAGAGACUCUAAAAGAGACUGCAGCACAUCAUCUCUCAGGCUUAACACACAAACACUCACAACUGCACUGGAUCAUUGGUAGGGCGGAUAUUUCUAUCCGCAUUGUUGGAAUACGCUGUUAAGUACUUUUGUAACACGCUGAGCCCUUAAGUUGUAUUGUUGUUGCGUUCAAGCUGUCACAGCACAUUAUAUUAUGUUAGACCGUAAUGCUAUGUCACUUGUUAGAGCGGCGAGACACGCCGCUGUAAUAACAUAGGAGUAAAAUGUGUCUCAUGUUGACGUUUGAGGCCAUUAAAUGAAUGUUUUGAAUUGCUAA